GCGCUGAAAAUCAUUUCUCUGUUUCCAAGAAGUGAGGUUGGAUUCCGUGACUAUUUCAUGCAUGGUUUUCUGCCGGUAUCACGAAUCGGUAUAUAAUAAUUAAUCUAGCUGCAUCAUGAAGCUAGUAAGAUUUUUGAUGAAACUCAGUCACGAAACUGUGACGAUAGAAUUGAAGAAUGGCACCCAGGUUACCGGAACGAUUACAGGUGUUGAUGUUGCAAUGAAUACACAUUUGAAAACAGUGAAAAUGACGAUAAAGAAUCGUGAGCCUAUACAGUUAGAAACUCUCAGUUUGCGUGGUAACAACAUUAGGUAUUACAUUUUACCUGAUUCUCUUCCCUUGGAAACAUUGCUGAUAGAUGAUACACCAAAAGCUAAGGCUAAGAAGAAAGAAGCUGCGAGAGGCGCUGCACGUGGCAGAGGACGUGGUGCCAGAGGUGGCAGGGGUGGCAGGGGUGGCCGAGGUCGAGGAAGAGGCAGGCGAUAGUGACAUUAAAUAUAUUUUUCACAUAUUUUCAACACAUACAAAGUUUUCUACUUUCACGCGGAUGAUAAUUAUUCCAAUAAUUUUAUAAAAAACGUAUCAAUAAGAAGCUGUUUUCUUAAUGUAGCCUUGAUACUGUGUCUCAAGACAACAUAUGCACAAAAGAACAUGGACAUCUAUUUUUAACAGAAAAUUAAAAUUGUAAUUAAAAUAA